AUGCAAACGAUGACGAUGAAACCACCGAUCGCUAACGUCGGCACGCUCGGUCUGUGGGCGUUCGCAUUGACGACAGCUAUGCUGAGUGUGAAGGAGCUUCGCGUGGGCGCCUCGGACGACGGCGCCGUGGGCGUGACCAUCGGGUUCGCCUUUGGAUUCGGUGGCUUAGUCCAACUUCUCGCGGGUAUCCUUUCUGCACUUCGAGGACAAAGUUUCAGCGCCGUGGCGUUCGCGUCGUACGGCGGAUUUUGGCUUUCAUACGGGACGUACGAAGUGUUGGCGUAUGAAGCCGUCAUCCCUCGCGAUAAAGUCGCCGAAGAAGCCAUGUUGUUCAUGUGGGGAUUUCUCACUCUUGUGCUCUUCUGUGCGUCGUUGAACACGAACGUUGCGAUAAGUUCGCUGUUUUUCACCCUCGCGGCACUGUUUUUCCUGCUCGGUGGGGCGAAGGAUUCGGGAAGCUCUGCUCUUAAACUCGUCGCGUCGUUGUUCGGCGUGGGCGUCUCCAUCAUAGCGUUUUACGCCGGCGCCGGUGAGCUGAUAAAUGAACAGUACGGCAAGACGAUCAUCCCACUA